AUGGGUUCAAUAAACACAAUUUUUCACCGGAUACACCGAUUUGUCAACGGCGCCACUGGAAACAAUGUGCGUUUCGUACCAAACACCCCCACCACCAACACAGAGACCCUAACACUCAAUCCGAGAGCUGUUCCGACCAUCGUUUCUCUAUUCGAAGUUCCAUCUGUUUCGGAGAUGCCUGGUUUCUGCAGCGAAGAGGAUCGUCGGUUUUUGCUCAAAGCAUGCAAAUUUAUGGAUCAAGUAGUGAAAAGUUGUCACAGCCCAAGGCUGAAUUUGAAGAAUUCCCCGCCGUUUAUUCUAGAUAUAUUACCGGAUACUUACACUCAUUUAAUGCUGAUAUUCACCCAAAACAAUGACAUUCUUCAAGACAACGAGUACCUGAAGAUUUUCUUAGAAAGUUUGAUCAACAAGUGCAAAGAGAUCAUAAAACUCUUCAAGACCUCCUCGAUCUACAAUGACCAGUCAGAAGAGCGAAGGAAGUUAACGAUGAUGUCGCUGACUUUCUCACACAUGCUGUUUGAGAUCAAAGCUAUGUUCCCUGAAGGUCUUUACAUUGAAGAUAGGUUUCGGAUGACUAAAAAAGAAGCAGACAGCUUUUGGACUCAUCAUUUCCUGAAGAAAAAUAUGGUACCUUGGCCAACGUUCUUGUCUGCGUUAGAGAAGUAUCAUGGUGCUCCGAUAGGAAAAAUGGAAUCAGCGGCGUUGAAAGCUACGAUUGAUUUGAGCGGAGAUGAUUACAUUUCGAACUUUGAGUUUGAUGUUUUCACCAGGUUAUUCUACCCUUUCAAAACGUUGAUCAAGAAUUGGCAAACACUGACAACUGCUCAUCCAGGAUACUGCGCAUUUUUGACUUACGACGAAGUCAAAAAACGACUAGAAAAGCUCACAAAGAAACCGGGAAGCUACAUCUUCCGGUUAUCAUGUACUCGGCCUGGUCAAUGGGCAAUCGGCUACGUGGCACCUGAUGGGAAGAUAUAUCAAACAAUUCCGCAGAACAAAAGCUUGAUUCAAGCACUUCACGAAGGUCAUAAAGAAGGAUUCUAUAUUUAUCCGAAUGGUCGUGAUCAAGACAUCAAUCUAUCGAAAUUAAUGGAUGUACCACAAGCGGAUCGAGUGCAAGUCACCAGUGAGCAGUACGAACUCUAUUGUGAAAUGGGAACCACAUUUGAGCUGUGUAAAAUCUGUGAUGACAAUGAGAAAAAUAUCAAAAUCGAGCCGUGCGGACAUUUGUUAUGUGCCAAGUGUUUGGCCAACUGGCAGGAUUCCGAUGGUGGUGGAAACACGUGUCCAUUCUGCCGAUACGAAAUCAAAGGAACAAAUCGUGUAAUUAUCGACCGGUUUAAACCAGCUCCAGGUGAAAUAGAGAAAGCUUCCGAGAAAAAGCUGAUAACCAUAGCUCCUGAUAUCCCUCCGAGGACGUAUGUGUCUCAAAAUCAAUUACUGCUGCAUGAGUCGCACUCCAUCCCAUCAGUCGAUGAAUUGCCAUUGAUACCACCACCAUUGCCUCCGAAGACAUUGAUCCCAACGGAUACCUUAAAUUCGUCUCAAACAUCUACUUCAUACGUGAACGUCAACGAUUUGGAGAACAUGCCGACAAAUGCGGAAUCAUCGAAUCUCAACCGGCAUCGUGCUCCAUCCGUACAGGCACCACCACUCCCACCACGUCUCUCGGUCACUGAACAUCCCACUCAUCCACAUGAAUAUACAAAUACAAGCAAUCUCAUCGAUCAUUGA